CAUGUCCCACAUGAGUGCGAGAAGCGCGAAGAAUGGGUCUGUAGGAAGUGCAAAGGGCAUGGCCACGGAUUCUGGGAGUGUCCGAAACGGCAAAGCGAGACUCAGCCACAUUGCUAUCUAUGCAAUGAGACGGGUCACCAGAGUAAUGCAUGCACGAACACCGAGAAAUGGGUUUGCAACAUCUGCAGCGGAACGGGGCAUCAAUCCGCAGCCUGUCCACGACUUCGUGCCCAGAAAGGCCGCAUCUGCACUGGAUGCGGUGAGAGCGGCCAUUCGUUAUCGCAGUGCAGCAAGUCGACCUGUUUUAAAUGCGGGAUUGUCGGUCAUAUUGCAAGUAGCUGUACAAAGAAGGCCAAGAAGAAGAAAGCAGUGAGGUUUGCUGCGGGUCCUCGAGCUGCUGGUGCAACUGCUGGUGCUUCCCGACGCGAGACUUCAAGGGAACGUCGCCAGACGGCGUCGUCUGCACCGUCUGCCACAUCGGAGCCACAACCUUCGACAUCACGUACGGAACGAAGCGAACCGGAAAUUCCCAAGCCUGCAGAGCCUGAGACUGCCCCUGAUAGCGCUCCCCAACAGACUCCCGCUGCCGACCACGAUGAAGAUUGUAGAUGUAUGCUGUGCAAUCUCGUCAAGCGGCGCAAGGCCCAGGAGAAGCCGCCGGCGCCCUCUCAGGCUCCUCCACUUCCUAGAGCUGCUCAAGCCGAAAGCACUGGCGACGCGAGUCAAGUCAAUCCACAUGCAGCCUCCUGUACGUGCUCAAUCUGCAAGCUGACACGGAAAGGCGGCGGGAAGCCUAACUCCAAAGAGAACGUACCGCCGCCUGGGACGAGCACUGGCAAUUCUUCUCGGACUGCCGCCGGUACUGGGCCUGAGACGACUUCUCGUCAUGGGCCUGACUGCGGGUGCACGCCGUGCACGCGGAAGAAAAACAACGCGAAGCAGACGUCCGCCGAGUACUCGAAAGAUCAGGAGGCGAUGAGUCUGUGGAUGCGGGGUACGAGCGCCCUGGCUUCCGGGCAGACCGUACGUGCGAUCCGUCUGUUCGACCAGUGCAUCGCGAAGGACCCUGGCGCCGCAGCGUUCUUCAGGAGUCGCGGCGACGCGUACAACGUGCUGAAGGACCACGCCGCAGCACUAGGCGACUACCAGCGCGCCCUCCAGCUGCUCAAGGCCGCCCUGCCCGCCACCGCCGCGUCCGUGCUCGUCAAGAUCGCUCACUGCCAUCUCAGCCUUGGGGCACCCAGUGCAGCCUCGCUCGCCGUGCGGAACGCGCUGUCCGCGGACCCCGCCAACGAAGCCGCCCUUGCGCUGAAGAAGCGCGUGUCGGGGAUCGACAGCGGCGUGGAGGCGUACCAGGGCGCGAAGGCGAGGAGACAGUGGAAGGCGGUGAGGCUUGCGUACGAGGCGUGUAGGAAGGCGUAUGAGGCGUAUGGUGGGGGCUUGCCGGUGGAGAUGCGCUGUUAUGAGGUCGAAGUGGAUGUUGCGGAGGCGAAGUGGGCGGAGGCGCUGGCUGCACGCAGCGCGAUCCUUGCAAUCCACCCUAAAUCGAUCGAGGCCCUCCUCAUGCGCGCCCUGGUCUUGUUCUUGACAGCCGACCUCGGAGAGGCCGUCAAACAGACUCACGCCGCGUUGAAGCUCGAUCCCGAUAACGCAGAUGCGAAGGCGGCUCGCACGCGAUACAAGAGCGUCAUGGACCUCAAGGAGGACGGGAAUGGGCGGUUCAGAACUGGUGACUUGACUGGUGCGAUUGCGAAGUGGACGAGUGCGCUGAGUCUCGUCGCUGAGAAAGAAGAGGAAGGAAAUGGCGGCCGGAUUCGUUCAACCCUGCUGCUGAACAGGUCCAGAGCGAGGCUGAAGGUCGGACAGCAUCCUGAUGCGCUGAAAGACGUAAACGCCGCCGGGAAGCUGGACCCGGACAACGUCAAGAUCGUCGUCACGCGCGCACGUAUAUACGUCGGGCUAGAGCUAUUCGACACGGCCAUCCAGGAUUUCAAGGAUGCCCUGCAAGCGGACGCGUCGAAGCUGGGUGCGGGUGAUAGACAGACGGUGCAGAGCGAGUUGGAGGAUGUAGAGCAGCGUGCGGUGCGAGAACGCCUGAAAGUAAGGGAUUAUUACGAGAUCCUGGGCCUUGACCGGAACUGUACCACCGCGGACAUUCGCAAGGCGUACCGGGUGCAAUCGCUGAAGCACCACCCGGAUAAGGGAGGAGUUGCGGAGAAGUUCAGGCUGGUCACAGAAGCCUACACGAAGUUGUCGGACCCUAUCAGCAGGCGCAACUACGAUGCCAAGCUUCCGCCGAAAUCCGGGUCCUCUGGUUUCAGCGGAGGU